AUUAACAAUAUACUCAAUACUAUAACUCUCAUAUCUAUUACAACCCUAACCACCCCUUUAAUCAUUAACCUCAUUUUCCCACAUAAAACCACUAAACUUCCAAUAUACUACAAAAUAGCCGUAAAAUAUGCUUUCCUCAUUAGCCUUCCCCCACUAUUAUCAUUUAUCCACACAGGACAAGAAUCUAUUAUUACUAACUGAAAAUGAUUCUCAAUUAAUUCAUUCAACUUAACUAUAAGUUUCAAACUAGACUACUUCUCUAUUAUUUUUAUUCCUAUCGCCCUUUACGUAACCUGAUCUAUCCUAGAAUUUUCACAAUGAUACAUAAACUCAGAUCCUAAUAUUCACCAAUUCUUUAAAUACCUAGUCAUAUUCCUACUAACCAUAAUAAUCCUAAUUACCGCUAACAACCUAUUCCAACUGUUCAUUGGAUGAGAAGGAGUAGGCAUUAUAUCAUUCAUAUUGAUCGGAUGAUGGCACGGCCGAUCUGACGCUAACACAGCAGCCUUACAAGCAAUCCUCUACAACCGUAUCGGAGACAUAGGCCUCAUACUUACCAUAGUAUGACUAAUAAUCAACAUCGGCUUAUGAGACUUACAACACAUUUUUAUAACCAAAAUAAACACCUUAGCCCUACUAGGACUAGUCAUUGCCGCAACAGGAAAAUCAGCCCAAUUCGGCCUACACCCUUGACUUCCUUCCGCCAUAGAAGGACCUACACCAGUAUCAGCCCUCCUUCACUCAAGCACUAUAGUUGUAGCAGGAGUCUUCCUCCUAAUCCGCUUUUACCCUAUAAUAAAAGACAACAACACUAUUCUAACUAUCAUCCUAUGUAUAGGAGCUAUUACAUCACUAUUCGCCGCAAUCUGUGCUACCACACAAAAUGACAUCAAAAAAAUUGUAGCAUUCUCAACAUCCAGCCAACUAGGACUAAUAAUAGUGACUAUAGGACUUAACCAACCCCACCGUACAUUUCUACAUAUAUGUACCCACGCCUUCUUCAAAGCCACACUAUUCCUAUGCUCCGGCUCAAUCAUCCACAACUUAAACAACGAACAAGAUAUUCGAAAAAUAGGAGGCCUAUUAAACAUCUUACCAAUUACUUCAUCAGCCCUCAUAACAAGCAGCUUAGCCCUCAUUGGAACCCCAUUCCUAACAGGCUUCUACUCCAAAGAUCCCAUCAUUGAAACAAUAAACAUAUCCUAUAUUAACUCAUGAGCCCUAACAACCACCCUAAUCACCACCACUUUAACAGCUAUAUAUAGCCUACGAAUAAUUUAUUUCACACUACUAAAUCAACCACGAUUUAUCCCUCUAUUAACAAUCAAUGAAAACCACCCAAACCUCAAAAACCCAAUCCUACGCCUAACCUUAGGAAGUAUCUUUACUGGAUAUUUACUAACAAUAAAUAUUCCUACUACUUACAUAAAUCCAACAACAAUACCACCAAUACUAAAAAUAUCAACCCUCUUAGUAACAAUUACAGGAUUAUUAAUUGCUAUAGAGUUAAAUUCACUAACUAAUAAACUAGCGGCUCCACCACUAAAACACGCAUACAACUUCUCAAUCAUACAAGGAUAUUUCACACACUUACUCCACCGACUACUACCUCUAGCAAGCCUACAAAUAAGCCAAUACAUUGCCACCAUAUUAAUAGAUCUAAACUGGUAUGAAAAAAUUGGACCUAAAAAUCAAAUAAAUAUCCACACCACUAUAUCCUCAUAUAUCUCCUCCACUCAAAAAGGUUUAAUCAAAACAUACUUCCUAUCAUUCAUCAUUUCUAUUCCAAUAAUAAUAAUCCUAGCUACCUAA